AUGGAGGGGCCGCAGGCGGUCACGGGCGGGGACGUGUCCCUGCACAACUUCAGCGCAAGGCUGUGGGAGCAACUCGUCCACUUUCACGUCAUGCGGCUGACGGACUCGCUUUUCCUGUGGGUUGGGGCCACGCCGCACUUGCGCAACCUCGCCGUCGCCAUGUGCAACCGCUACGACUCCAUUCCAGUGUCCACUUCCCUCCUUGGAGACACUUCCGACACAACGUCCACUGGCCUGGCCCAGCGCCUAGCCAGGAAGACCAACAAACAGGUGUUUGUCAGCUAUAAUCUUCAGAAUACAGACAGCAGCUUCUCAUUACUUGUGGAAAACAGGAUCAAAGAAGAAAUGGACGCUUUUCCGGAGAAGUUCUAGCUGAGUUGGCAGAAGAUGAGGACAGUCCACACAAAGUGAGAGGCACUCUGUCCCUCUCGGGGCUGCAGAGAAGACUGUUUACAGCAGGUUAAAGCAGUGACGCCAGGAGAGUGGAAUCAACACGGA